UGGGAGGAAGCUCAAGCUGUAUUGGAGAAGUUACAGCCCAUGGCUGAAAGGUUGUUAAUAAGAGCACUGAAGGGUGGUAAAAGCACCAGGAUCGUUACCUUGAAUCAGAAGAAGAUGACCAAGAUGCCCUCAGCAUUAGAAAAACUGCCUGGCCUGAGGACUCUAGACCUUCAGAAUAACCUAAUCUCCAGAGUGUGCUCAGAGAUAAGCGCCUUGACCCAGUUUCAGAAUCUGAAGCUGAGGGAAUUCUACUGUGAGGGAAACCCACUGUUCCUGAAGCAGCUUGUUUAUGCUGUCAAAAAGGAGAACGUCUGGAGUCUGCAGGAAAUAACAUCAAGAUUUAUAAUGAAUCAGCUAGCAGAAAUGAAUCCUUUCCUAAUGCAAGCCAUAGAAAGGUACCCACAAGUCAGGAACAUAAUCUCUAAGGGAAGAAAAUGUGCAAUAUGUGGAAAGUUAUUUUUAACCCUAUGGAUGGAAUGUGUUGAAUUUGUUUCUCCAUCAAAGAAGUGGAAGAUAAGCAGAAAUCUACAGCUGGUACCUCUUCAAACAUCCAUUUGUUCUUUCGAAUGUUUUAAUCAACGUGGCCCUAACCUGUUUGGAAUUGCUCAAGUGGUGAGCAAGUGAGAC